AUGGAAUCUGGUCGUCUUUUUUUCGGUUGCAAUAGCAGCAACAUGCUUUUCCUCGGGAACGGGAAUGGAGACAACUACUUUCGCGGAACGAGAAUGGGGUUCAACAUGGAAGAAUCUUCGAAGAAGAGGCCAUUUUUGAGCUCAAUCGAUGACAUGUUGGAAGAAGAAUACUACGACGAACAAUUGACGGAAAAGAAGCGGCGUCUCAGCCCCGAACAGGUACACAUGCUGGAACAAAGUUUUGAGGAAGACAACAAGCUGGAGCCGGAGAGGAAAACAGAGCUGGCGAAGAAGCUUGGAUUGCAGCCGAGACAGGUGGCUGUUUGGUUCCAGAACCGCCGUGCACGGUGGAAGACUAAGACGCUUGAAAGGGAUUACGAUCGCCUCAAAUCUUCUUACGAUAUCCUCACAUCCGACUUUGACUCCAUAGCCAAGGAAAACGAAAAGCUCAAGGCUGAGGUAGUUUCGUUGACUGAGAAACUGCAGUCCAAGGAGGCGGCGAACAUUUCUAGGACCGGUGAAGACGCUGACACAGCCGCCGAGGAAGCUGGGCACACUCCACCUCCGUCAGCCACCGUGAAAAUAGAAGACCACCUUAGUACAGGUAGUGGCGGCAGUGCGGUGGUUGAUGAUCUGGAUGGCCCACAGCUUGUGGACAGCGGUGAUUCAUAUUUCCCCGCUACAGACUACCCUCAUGAAUAUGCAGCGCCGGUGGAUCAGUCGGAGGAAGAUGAUGGUAGCGACGAUGGCCGGAAUAACUUCUCAUAUCAGUUUGCCACCGCCGACCACCACCACCAUCAUGAGGAAGACGAUUCCCUCGGUUGGUGGGUUUGGUCUUAAUCCAUUUAUAAAUAAUAUUAUAUUAUUUAAUGCUAUGAAUUUGUAGUAUUUGACUUGAUGUUAUUAAAGUUGGUAAUUCUAUUUAAAAUUUAAAACUGAGAACAGGUACAAUAAUGGAAUGAAUAUGACGUUUUUUAUAUUAUUCAUAAGAAAAUGUUUAUUACUUGUUGUAUGAUGUCCCAAACAUGGUUAUGAACUAUCAAGUGUUUGACAUAAAUUAAUAAAGAUGUCAUGUUUUUGAUUUAUUAAUAAAGAG